AUGAAAGUAUGUACUGUUGAAGAUUACCUUCCGGUUAUUCUUAUUGAUCAAACGCAAUUUUGUAUCGAGAAAGAUGAAAUGUACUGGGCAAUUAAGCUCUCAUUAGCCUGGGAUGAAAUGCAGACUUUACAGGAAGCAAACAAUUCAAAUUCAUCAAAUUCUCAUUUUCGUAGUAAAUUUAUCGAUGCUGCAAUUGAAAUGCAUAUGGCUCUCGGGGUAAAAGAUAUCGGAAGAGUGCAUUAUCAGCCAAUUGUAGACGAAAUAAAUUCGAUUUCAUUUAUUGUUACAGUUCGUUUUGUAAACGGACCACCACCCACUCAGGGUCUGACAACACGAUGGCUGCCUCUAAACAAAAUAGUUCGCAAACGAGGAGCUUGUCAGGCGAUGGAUGUGUUGUGGGCAGAAAUUUUUAGGAUCAUCAAUUUUUUCGAGUCCUCACACAUGCGAUUACAAAAAGGAUUAGAUAAUCCACAUAUAACAAAAGAAGAAUGGGACUUGUUACGAUCCGUGGAUAUUAGCGCUUCAAAUCCACCAACGCCAGUGCAAUUUACUUUUCACACUGCCCUUGUUAGUGCAGUAUCUCGUUUACUUAACGAUCUCGAGAUUGACAUUGAUCUCAUACCAAAUCAGCGCAUCUAUCGUUUGAAAGUUUUUCAAUUACAGUUUGGUGUUUCCUUCAUAAUUCUUUUACCAAAAAUUGAAGAUGUCUGUACCGUGCCAAGUUAUUCUUCAUUUAAAUCGUCUUCCGUACAGAAAGGUUGCUUCACACUUCCACUCCAAGUUUUUGAAGCAAUUCAUCUAUGUGCAUACAAUCCGGACUUCAUCGGUACCUAUUGUCGACUCUCACUUUUCAUCGAACAUUUCUCAACGUACAUACAAUAUGAACAAAGAAAUAGCCUGCUAGAGAAUGAUUUUAAUGUUUACGCUGAUGUACUUUCAAAGCUCGACGAAUUUCAAAAAAGAUUAGAAAACGUUUGGAAAUCAGUGAGAUGGGUUGGUGAUGUCGCUUCUAUUGCACGAGACAAACAAGCCAAAGGUAUAGUACCAAUGGAACGUUUGUUUGCAAUGAGCAGUGAGAUAAAUGGAAGAGACUGCGGCCGUAAACAAGCAACGAAAAGUGGUCCAAUGGAUUCAAGUGUAUUAUGUCUUAAUCUUUGUAAUACGCAAUCACAAAACAUCAACCGACCGACUGAAACUUGGCGCGACAACUACUUUCAACCAAAAAAGAUUCCAACUACAAGAGUGAUUAAAGUUUAUGCCGCUUAUCAGUGUGGCCUUACUUGUGACACUUCAGUCCGCCUUCAGAUAGCAUCAGCAACCACAGCCAGCGAAAUUGUCGCUUUGGUCAUUGAACAAUUAGCCAAAGCAGCAGCAAAAUCCGGGAAGUCGAUUGAAUCCAAAGACCCAGAAGAUUUUUGCUUGACGGUAGUUGUUGGUUCCAGAGAGCGUAGGCUACGGGACGAUUUCCCACCCAUGAAAUUGCAGAAUCCUUGGGAUGACGGCCGUCUAUUUGUAAGGCGUCGCGACAGUGUCUUGGCAGCUUUGCAAAAGGGUAACGAAGCAGCUGUUUGA